UUAUAUCACGUAAUUAAUUUUUAUCAUUAUCUAUGAUCUAGCCACGCCCUUCUUUCGCUUCUUCAAGAAUGUUGAGUCUAAUGUUCCCUUUUUUGCUGCAGUACAUUCAUUGUGCUAAUAUAACAGUACAGCCAGUGUCUAUUAAUACAACACUCAACUCUACUGUUGUCUUUUCCUGUGAAGCUGUGGCUGAUGAACUUGGUUUCAGAGUUAAUAAUGAAGUAGCUACUGAUGAAGCUGUUGUAGCUAAAGGAUUUAGUGUAACAACAACUAAUAUUGGUGGUACUAGAAGAGUAGAGCUAGAAGCAAUAGCUUAUGAAUAUAAUAAUAAUACUGAAGUGACAUGUACAGCUAUUACUGAUGAGCCUCUUCAAGCAGUAUUUAGUAAUAUAUCAAUAUUAAUGAUACAAGGUCUAUUGGACAGUGUCAAUGAUUUGGAUUAUACAUUUAUUAAUGGGUCUAGUGUAUUAUUAAUAUGGACAGCUCCUUAUACACUGGAUAAUGUACACAUCACUGGAUACUAUGUAGUCAAUGGAUUAAUGAACAUUACUACUACUAAUAAUACUAAUAUUACAUUAUCUGCUACUAAUCCUGAUCCUUGUAUCAUAAAUAAUGUAUCGGUUUCCCCUAUUAAUGAUGUUGGAAUAGGUUUGUCUAACAAUAUCAGUUUCUAUUAUGAAACAGUUCCUUUUAUCACUCCUCCUAUAUCAGUGGUGGUGCCAGUAAUUGAUGGACAAAAAAUGCUAUUGAACAUUAGUAUUAAUGUCAGCGCAUUAUGUAAAGCUGAGUAUCCUAAUAAUAUAACAGUUAAUAUACUGAAUACCAAUAAUGCAGUAAUAAGCAAUACCAGUAUAAUACCACAAGUCAAUGAUCAUGAGCUGAUAACUGGAAGUACUUUGGUAACUAAUUUAAAUAUGUUUAUUGUUAAUGUAUCAUUAAGCAAUAAUGGAGGAACAUUUAAUAACAUGCCAUCUUUUGGAUUUAGUUUUCUUGGACCAGUUACUAGCAUUGCCUCUUCAAUUAACAACUGUUCUACUAUUAGUAUAACAUGGACUACUCCUACAGUUGAUAAUAGAUUACCUAUACAGUAUUACAUACUAAGAAUAUAUGAUACUAUUUCUGGCAGUCUAGUGGACACUGUAUCAGUAUAUGAUACCAGUUAUCAGUUUGUGGAUGAUAAUUUAUUUAUUAAUCGCUAUACAUAUGUCAUAACAGGAGUUAAUGGAUUAGGAGAAGGAAUAUCUAAUAACAAUACAUUCUCAUAUCAAAGAGUACCUAGAGCUGUGGCGAACACAUCACUUAAUGUACUAUCUUAUACACAAAAUUUGGUUAUUGUCCAGUUCUAUAUUCCAAUAAUAUUGGAAUGUGUUGGUGAAGCUCCUGAACAUGUUACAAUUACUGUAAUGUGUAAUGAAAUUGAUAGCAUUACAACUAAUCAAAUAAUAACACAUAUUGAUAUAACAGGAUUGAUAUCAGUGCCUCAAUAUCAACAGUGUAAUAUCAGUAUUGUAUUAACUAAUGGGGCUGGUUGUAGUGAACCAUUUAUAUUAGCAUUUGAUACAUACCCUCCUUCUCCUAUCACUAAUGCUACUACUACUGCUACACAAUCAUUUACUGCAAUGCCUACUAGUCUUAACAAUAGUACUGUAAUCACAGCAGUAUCAUUGAGUUUUAUUAUUAUAUCAUUACUAAUAUGCUUUAUUGUGCUUGCUAUAAUGCACAAAUGGAAGUUAUGCAAAUCUGCUUCAUUACAACAACAAGAGGUACCUACUGCACGUAAUGAAGCAUAUGAAUUCAACACUCUAAUGAUCAAUAAUAAUCCUGCUUAUGAACAAAUAGGACGAGGAGGAGCAGUUAACAUGUGACUAGUUUGAAAACAAAUUUUUUAAAUAAUAAUAGAUUUGUGUGUAUUUAUAACAAGUGACAUCAAAUUAA